CGAAGAACCAAAACGAGAAAUAUUAUCAGAAAAAAAUAAUAUUAAUUGUGAUACUACUCAAUAUUCUCAUGCAAAUGAAAAAACAAAAUGUGAGACGAAUGAUCCUAAUGCAGAAAAUCUACAACUAAGAAACAAUAGUGAAAAUUUUUCCUUCGAGUUUUUUCCCCCUACUGAUAGUAUUAAUAAAGAGCUUGAAGACAACGACGAAGAAAUUGAAUUUGAUCUAAAAAACAUUUCAAUAGAGUUGAAGUGUGAACCAAAAGCUAAGUAUCAAAAAGAUAUUCUCAAGAAUGCACAGAGAGAAGGUUUAAAAUAUGUUAAUAUUUAUGAACUUCUUGCUCUGUUCACUAAUCAAGAAUGGAAAGAGAUAAUGGAAACUAAUCCCUACAACAUAAAUGAACCACCACUUACACUGGAGAUUUCAUCAUCUCUUCAUGAUACUGCUGGUAGACACUUGGUUGGCGGAGACGUUUUUAUGGAUAGUGGAAAAUCUCAAUUGAACAGAAUAUUUCAUCGACCUGAAAAAGAAUAUGAACUUGGAUUAAAUCAUGUCACUGCAAGAUCAAAAACAAGACCCAAUCUUUUGUGCUUAGUGAAUGGUGUGGCAAUCUUAAACUCAGAGUUUAAGCCAUUGGGUUUCACACCAUUACAAGGAAAAAAGGAUAGGUUGAAAGCUCAAUUGAAAGGGAGAAAAUCAAUAAACCAACAAUUAGAAAGAAAGGGAGGCCCAGGUGAUUUGAUGGAAUCCUUUAUUAUGGAUCUAAAAUUUGAUGGUUUAUACCAUUCCUGGCUGUUUCUCAAAACAAAGGUGGUAGUUGACAAAUCUGCAAUUCUGUUAGCAGAAUUCGUGAUAAGCCAUUUUGUUGCUUUGGAGGAAUGCGUUCAAAGAAUUGCAAAGAAUUUCAAAUAUCAAAGUGAUCAAUUUACACCACCUACACAAAUGUCUUAUAUUCACAAACUUCUGGAUAUGCCACAA